AUGGCUUUCUUCUCUACGCUCUCGAGCUCCAUCGGCCGGAAGCUGCUCCUCUACGGGUUGCGCCACAUCGACAUACUGGACAAAGACCCUGCCGACUUCGUGAGCGUCGAUGUCGGGAGGCGCACUACACUCGAGGUUCGGGACGUUGGGUUGCACGUCAAGAAACUCCUAGCACUACUACACCUCACGCUCCCUCCCGAGAUCCAGCUGUUGAAAGCGCAAGCCUCGCUCCUCCGGGUUACCUUCGUCCUCGAAUUCGGCGUCCCCCAGAUAUUGAUAGAGGUACAUGGCAUACGGGUAGAAGCUCGGUUGACCGAGCAUGUCGAAGGUGCUCCCUCUUCAAAUACUUGCCGACAGCACACCCAGAAACGAUCCUCGCCACCUCCAACGGCCGCUUCGCCUUCCGCUCCACCCAACAACCAGUACAACGAUGGUUCAGACAAUGACGAUGAUGAUGACGACUACGUGCCCACCGUAGACGAGCUGGCCAAGUCAUUCAUAAAGACGGAGCCUCUGGAAGAAAUUCGCGAGCUGCAGCAUGAGCUCGAGUCUCAACCUACGUAUAUGCACGAGUCGGUCGCAUCGAGCGACGAUGGCGAAGAGGCUUCUGCUGGUAUUGGAGCGCCUCUGACGAUCCCAACAUAUCUUCGCAAUAUGUUGAACACCGCUUUAGAUCGUCUAAGCAUAGUUGUCAACAACAUCGAUAUAGAUGUGGAGGAUCACUUCCCUAACGAUGCCAUGGACUCGUCAAAGUCAAGCGAGACCUCACCUUCUUCUCUGAGCUUUCACAUCGAGAGUAUAGCGAUUGACUCGACCACUGCCAAAGAUGUUCGCAUUGAGGCUGAGUCCACAACGUUGCCUCCCGCCACCUCGAAGCUAGCUGCAGCACAUGAGCGAACAACGGAUGAUACUCAGGAGCUUUCCGACGACGUGCACCAGCAUCUUGAUCCAUCGCCUUCACCAGAUGAAGACAUGGCCCAGUCACGGUUUUUCACGCACGAUGAGGCUGAAAGUAUGUACAUGAGUGCAGUGAGUGCGACGCAGGCUAGUUCCGCUCAUGCUGGGCACGUUCCCGGAGGCUGGGACUCUUCGUCAGACUCAAGUAAAGAAUCUAGUUCCGAUAGGUCGGAACCGAUACCAGAGGAUAUGAUCUCCGGUAGCAUUUUAGCGCCAUUGCCAGAAGCAGACGAUGGAUGCGAGACUCCACGUCCGGGGAGCCGCCAGAGCUCGGUCUUGCCGCCAAGACCCGAACUUACACAAACCCCCACGCCUGACGCGCCCGGUCCGCGAAAACAUGCCAAACGGUUUCUCACUAUAGAUGAGAUUACUGUGUGGUUCCCCAUGGCCCUCGGUGAUAAAGAGCGUAAUGAUGCAACAAGCGAGCAAGUCGAUGAUGCGGCAGGCAUGGAGUUUAGUCCUUCCAAUUUGGGUGAAGAUUCUAUUUUCACGGAGAUGCCAGGAUCGUUCUCCAAUUAUGCACAUUCUUCUUCACACCGUCGAAAGCCCUCCCUGGAAGCAUCGUCUCGCGGACGACCUACUCCCGCAUCCCUACAAACAUCUCGGCCACCAGCGCAGCCCACGACAACAGGCGUGGCUUCGAUCAUUGUCGAUGUCGGCUCCGUAGUCGGUCAUAUGGACAUAUCCACUGGCCGCAUCAUGGCCGCUAUGUUUGCUCGGGCAACACAGGCUCUGACGGGGGAACAGUCCUCAAGCGAAGGAACUGUGAAAUCGAAGCCCACGGAAACUUUGGAAUCAUCUCCCAUGAGUCUUGAAGUUUCCGUGCAGAGCAUUGCUCUAUCGUGGCUGGAGCACGUGUUGGCGGAAUCUACGCAGGAAGGGCCGCUUUCAGAGCACCAACUGGAACUUCAACCUUCGGACGCAAUAUUGAGAGCCAAUUUCUCGGCUAUACACCUCACCAGUGGCAAGUCUUCCGGUAUUUUGCGAACUCAACUUCAUAUUGGCAAGUUCAAAUUAGCAUCUUUGGAUCAAGACAUCAUUUCCUUCCACAGCUCACGGCCGAAAUCCAGACGGUCGGCCAAUGUCCCGCUAGAACAACCCAAUCACGAUAUAGAACUGAAGUACGAGCAGGGGCAAGACGAUCGUAUCACCAUCGUCACCCGUCCCCUCAACAUCUUGUUUGACAUCCAGAAACUGGACGACGCGUUGGGCUCCUUUGGUGGGUUCAGCGGCAUAUUAGAGUUGAGCAACUCCAUCAACUCUAGUAGCGCAGUCGCAAGUCCUGUCAUAUCGCCAGCCCGCUCUCGGCCUCGCGGUGUACAUUUUGGUGAUGGUCUACCUCCCCCUGUCAAAGAAUCACCACCCACGAAGUCUCCGAAGAUCGACGUAAAACUCGGUGAGGUAUCUUUGGGCCUCAGGGGGAAGUCAUGUUCCAUGCAACUUCACACGACAACGGUGCGCAUUGCUGUACGGCAAAGCAAUGUGCGCCUCAAAGUUUCUGAGACACAGCUGACUGGUCCUUACACGGAGAUCGCCCCGAAGACUGCACCUUUUUUUGGAGAAUUGAAAGGCACUGAAAUCAACUUUCUCUUCGCUCCUGGCGAGCAGGAUCUCACUAGGCUAAUAUCCUUAAUCACGCCAUCAAAGAACCCGUACGAAAACAACGACGACAUUCUCAUCGAAACCCUGCUGCGUCAGCGAAAGAAAGGUUCCGUACUCCGAGUUGAAAUCGCUGAAAUCGGUGUUCAUAUUUCAGAUCUUGAACACAUGAAAGCCUUUGAGGCUCUGGGGAUAGAGCUGGCUCGAUUAUCCAAGGUCACCAAAUACUUGCCAGAUGAUGAUCGACCUGGCCUUCUAAGCCUCGCAUCUGUGAAACGGCUGGAUGCUCGCGUUACUGUGAAUGAGAAACUUGGAGAUGUCUCAGUCAUCUUGCAGGAAUCCGCAUUAGCACACGUCGGAGUUCCUGCUUUGCUUGCUGUCGAAGUAAGCAAAGCGACUGUUCGGCGCAACGAAGAAGUAUUGGUCCAUGAAGUUGUGGAGCUAGACCCAUCGGAAGAACUACCCGUCAUCAUGCUGAGGAUGGUGGGCGAUGAGAUGGAACCCAUGGUGAAAGUCAAGCUGUUCAACCUAUGCGUUGAAUACCGAGUCAGCACGAUUAUGGCAGCGCUGGGGAUUGCUGAGGAUGGCACGGUAGACGAUCUGGCUAUAGGUCUGGCCUCGAGUGUCGCAACCGUCACAGGCGCAUCCUCUCCUAAGACCAUCAGCCGACAAUCUUCCCAGGCGAGUUCGCCAGUCACAGCAGUCUCUCAGCCGCUUCAGGUCGAUCUUUUACUGAGGGAUUGCGCAAUUGGUCUCAAUCCCCGGAAAUCACUCUCGAAGGGUCUCUUCGUCCUCACGGAAGCGCAUGUCACGGGUAAGCAAGCAAGAAACGACUACUCUGUCACGGUCGACCUCCGCAAGGCUUCGAUGCAUGCUAUAGAUGACAUAGCGCGCCUAGAAGAAGACCACGGACCUGUCUCGACCAUACCCACUGCCAACGGCCAAUUAAAUGGGCUGAAAAACUUGGGCUAUGUGUCUUUGAGUUCGAUUUCGGCCGCAAAGAUAUUAGUCAAUAUUGGAGGUGAUGGACAGGAACACCCACAGCUAGUGGACGUGGAGUUCAAAAAUGAGCUGUUUGUUAUUGAGUCAUGCGCAGAUUCUACACAGACGCUUAUGACAAUUCUGAGCGGUCUACAGCCCCCAACGCCACCAUCAACCGCAGAGCGAUAUCGUACGACGGUACCGCUACAGCAAAUGAUCGAGUCAUUCACUGGCGAUGAACUGUUGCAAGAUGAAGAAGCCGAUGCCGAUGACUUCAUGAGCAAUGCUGACUUGACGGAGGAUGAUCUGUCAAAGAGUCCUACUUUCGUUGGGGGACUCUACAAUUCACAACCCUUACCGACUGAUGAGGAAAUGGGUGACAGCCUUUUGGCUGAAGAAGAUCUCGGCGCUUUGCCCACACCGCCUAUAACUCGCCAACGUGGCGAUCGAGCUCUCCUUGAGAGCUUCCAGGAGAAGCACGAAGUCACUCAAGGAGAAGAAGCGUUUGAUUUUGACGACGACUACUUCGGAGAGUCAAAUAUCGAACCAAAGGGUAAAGCCCGUAAAUGGGAUUCGACAAAGAACCAAUAUCAUCCAUCCAAUGAGUUCAAGGUUAUAGGCGCUCCACUAAAGGUACGCGUCCGCGACGUCAACGUCAUCUGGAACUUAUACGACGGCUAUGACUGGCCUCAAACACGGAGCGUUAUCAGCAAAGCUGUGGAUGACGUUGAGGCUCGCGCCGAGGAGCGAAGGCAUAAGGGACGAGAAGAAGAUGACGACGAUGACUUCGUUGAGCAAGACUUCCUCUUCAAUUCGGUUUGGAUUGGUGUUCCUGUGAAGGACGAGAAAGGAGCUCUAGCCCGACGUAUCAACCAUGAUAUUGACGAUCUUGCCAGCGAGACGGGCAGUUACGCGACGUCGACAGCGACACGCUCGACUGGGGCUACUCUACGGCCUCGAAGUACUACCAAAUACAGGCGUCGUCUCAAGCUCGAGCGUAGUAAACACAAAAAGAUUGCAUUCUCCCUCAGCGGGGUCGCGGUUGAUCUUGUCGUCUUUCCGCCGGAUACAGGCGAGACGGUCAAUUCCGUUAAUGUCCGCGUACGAGAUCUAGAGGUUUUCGAUCACAUGCCUAGCUCUACCUGGAGGAAAUUUGUCACGUGCGCAAUCGAUCCAGCGAAGAGAGAGCUCAUUCGUCCGAUGAUAAAUCUUGAACUCAACACGGUCAAGCCGAUCACUGAUCUAGCGGCUUCGGAGCUCGUCAUUAAAGUGUCUAUCCUUCCACUCCGCUUGCAUAUCGAUCAGGAUGCUUUGGACUUCAUCACGCGUUUCUUUGAGUUCAAAGAUGACUCCGCACCCGCUAGCAGCCCGGCUGGUGACCAGCCUUUCAUUCAGCGGUUGGAAGUGAUGGCAGUCAAGCUGAAGUUGGACUACAAGCCAAAGCGCGUGGACUAUCGCGGCCUCCGGUCCGGCCACACAACGGAGUUCAUGAAUUUUCUCGUCCUCGACGGCUCAGACAUCACCUUACGCCACGCAAUUCUAUACGGAAUUACAUCGUUCGACAAACUUCACAAGACUCUCAAUGACGUGUGGUCACCGGAUGUCAAGAACAAUCAGUUACCAGGCGUACUAUCGGGGCUCGCAGGCCUGCGACCUAUUGUGAAUGUCGGUUCCGGCCUCAAAGACCUCGUCUACGUUCCAAUGCGCGAGUACAAGAAAGACGGUCGAAUCGUACGCAGUCUGGGGAAGGGUGUACAAGCAUUCGCUAUGAACACAACGUCAGGGGCAGCACGUUUGGGUGCGAAGAUGGCGAUCGGCGCGCAAACUGUGCUGGAAGGCACUGAGGAGUUUCUUAACCCACAGACUGACUCGUCGAGCCGCCAUCAAUCUCUCGACUGGGAUGGAGAAGAUCCUAGUUCCGAUACAGAAGAGCCACGCGCCGUAUCGAACUACGCCAACCAGCCGAUCGGUGUGGGCGCUGGUCUUCGCAGCGCGGUCAGACACUUCGAACGCGACUGGAACACUGCUCGUGACGCGGUGAUCGCGAUUCCUGCAAACGUCAUGGAAGAGGGUAGCGGUACGGGUGUCGCAAGGGCCUUGCGUCGAUAUGGACCGACUGUAAUCUUGCGACCUGCGCUCGGUACCACGAAACUGGUGAGCAAUACGUUACUAGGCGUAGGCAACGCGCUUGAUCCCGAAUCGAGGCGUAAGAUUGAAGACAAAUACAAAUCUUACUAG